UGCCAGCCUAUCUGGUAAUUAAUUUUCUUGUGUCAAUAAUCAUAUCCAGCUAUCAACGAGACAAAAUAAAUGUUUCUGCAACAAGUAAUGGCAUAAAGAAGAUGUUUGGUGAAUGGAUAGGUUCAAGACAUGGAGAAAUAUGAUAAUGUACUGAAUCUUGGCAGAGGAGGAGCGGGCGUUGUAAUGUUGAUGAAACAUGUUGAUACAAAGAAAUUAUGUGCAGUCAAGAGAAUUCAUGUGGACAGUUCCCGAAAAACAAAGUCCAAAGAUGUUGUGUUGCAAGAGGCAGACAUUCUCAGGAGCUUGAAGCAUCCUCAUAUUAUAACAUGGAUUGACACAUUUUUUGACACAACUAAUGAGUAUAUUUACAUUGUUAUGGAUUAUUGUGACGGUGGAACGUUGGAUGACCACAUUAAAGAACAGAAGAGUGGGGAAUACUUUGAAGAAUACAAAAUUAUGAACUGGUUUGUGCAAGUUGUCAUGGCCGUCAGUUAUAUCCACUAUGAAAAGAUCCUUCACAGAGAUAUCAAGCCAUCCAAUGUGCUGUUAACCAAGAGAGGUGUGAUUAAGCUUGGGGAUUUUGGAAUAUCAAAGAUUAUGAACCGCACGCUGGAUAUGGCCUCCACCUGUGUGGGAACCCCCAGUUAUCUGAGUCCUGAACUCUGUCAGGAUGUCCCAUACAGCAUCAAAUCUGACAUAUGGGCUGUUGGCUGCCUACUAUAUGAGCUUUGUGCCCUCAGACCAGCUUUUGAAGCUAAAAAUCUCCUAAGUCUGUUUUACAAGAUCAUAAAAGCGGAGUACAUCAAGGUCCCCGAGAGGUAUUCAGAGGACAUCCAUACAUUAAUCGGGAAAAUGCUGUGCGUGGUCCCUGAAAACAGACCGAGUGCGAGCAGCAUACUUAGUAUGACCUACGUGCAGGAACAUCUGGGAAACUUCAUCGAACACCAGGAGAAAGAACUUGCAAAGGGGAAUGCUGAAUGCAGACCUCAAACAAAAGAAGACUUUAACGUAGAAAACACAUCUAUGGAAAGCAGAACAGAUAGUGCCUCAGCUGUCUCUGACAAGACACUGCAAAUAGAGACGUCACUCACUGCUGAGGAUGAAGUGGCCCAUGAGGGAACAGAGUCUGAUUAUUCAGAGGACUUUGAUGAACAUGAUAGCUAUGUGUCCUCCGAGGAUGUUUCGAGAGAAGAUGUCUCCUCCAGCCUUGCCAAUGUAGUUGAAGAGGCAUUUGAGGAAUCUAACGUUGUGCCUGAUGAUGAGGACAUCUCUGACUAUCCAGAUGACUUUGAAGAAGCUGAGGAUGAUGACCUGGCUGAGGUAGUCAGCUACGCCAGAGAUGCCAUGAACUGUGUUCCAGAGAAUGAUGUGUUUGAUGUGGAACUGGAGCUCAAAGAUGCAGGCGGUUUCUCUGUCACAAUGAAACUGUUAAAAGAGAAAUACAUGGUUAUAGAGGAUGUUGGAGCCUCAGUCUAUGAGGAAAUCAGUGAGCACUUUCUGAAUGGCCUCACGCCAGGAGACCUGCAGCCACAGUUCCAGCACAUGAUCGGGACAGACCAUCUGGAGACCUGCUACCUCAUUUUCAACCUUGACCAAGAAACAACAUGCUGAAUCAUGCCUGUCCUAUUUAGAGAAAUUCAUUUUCCUUGUUAUAACAGUCAGUGCUUUAAUGAUGAACUUAAGCAAAUGCUGGAAUUGUAUAUUAAAUACAGAAUUUUGUAAUAUAUGUAAUGAAUUAUAACUAAUAUUAUAAAAUAGUGUGAUUUUAUAGAUAUUUGUCAUCAAGAU